AUGGACGGAGGACACAGAGCCACAGUGUCCUGGGAGAAUGGCACCCUGGCUCCAGUGGAGCAUCUCCGCUCAGAGAGGGCAGACAGCCCCCUGCCAGGCCUGGUGGAGGGGACUGAGCCAGGUGCAGGUCAGAAAAGUGCCAUGUUCCUCCACUCUCAGUCCUUUGAGGACCUGACAGCCGAGAUGGAGCAGGAGGCACAACGACAGGCAGAGGACAGCUGUGAGGAGCUGAAGCCUCUGGUCGUGGAGGAAGGCUCCCAGCUGAACACUGCCCUGCCUCGGGACACUCACAGUAAAGAGGAGGACGUGAGCAGCGAGGCCUGGAGGAGCCACCGCAAACAUGUGUUUGUGCUCAGUGAGGCUGGGAAGCCCAUCUACACUCGCUACGGGACAGAGGAGGCCCUGUCCAGCACCAUGGGGGUCAUGAUGGCCCUGGUCUCUUUUGUGGAAGCUGACAACAACAUAAUCCGCUCCAUUCACACAGACGGCUGUAAGGUGGUCUUCCUCACCAAGAGCCCGCUGGUCCUGGUGGGCGUGUCUCGCAGCUGUCAAUCAGACAAAGAGCUUCUGCGUGAACUGCACUACAUCUACUAUCAGAUCGUCAGCCUGCUCACACUCACGCAACUCAACCACAUCUUUCAACACAAGCAAAACUACGACCUCCGCCGCCUGCUCUCCGGUUCCGAGUACCUCACGGACAACCUCCUCCUCCGUCUGGACCGUGACCCUGGCCUGCUCCUCAGCGCGGUCACCUGUCUCCCUUUGCCCAGCUCCUCCAGAGAUGUCGUCUCCUCGACUCUGCAAGCGGCCAAAUCCAAAAACCUGGUCUUCAGUAUUCUGCUGGCCGGAGAUCGUCUCGUCACUAUGGUGAGGAAGAAAGAUCAGUUUUUGCACCACAUAGACUUGCACUUGGUUUUCAAUCUCGUCGGCUCGUCUUCGUCGUUCCGAGAGGGCGAAGGCUGGACUCCCAUUUGUUUGCCCAAGUUCAACACGGCAGGCUUUUUCCACGCGCACAUUUCGUAUCUUGAACCAGGGUCGCAGCUCUGCCUGAUCUUGGUCUCGACGGACAGGGAGGACUUCUUCAACCUGUCAGACUGCAAGAAGCGUUUUCUGGAAAGGCUGAGCAAGCGCAGCGCGUAUCAGGCGAUGAAAGAGGCGCUCAGAAGUCCUGCUUACUCCGUGGAGCAGGUGGGGAUCCCAGAGCUGCGACACUUCCUGUAUAAGUCCAAAAGUUCAGGGCUUUAUACCAGUCCGGAGUUGCCGCUCUUAUAUCGAUCUGAAGACCAGCAAGAGCGAGUCAUGGCCUUGUACCAGGACCUCCACAGUCGGCUGCACCAUCCCACCAGACCACUGCGCUCCUGCUACUGCUGCAGGGAAACAGAGAACCUCUUGGCCUGGGUGACGAGUGGCUUUGAACUUUAUAUUUGCUUCACUCCACUGGCGACGAAGGCAGUGGCUGUUUCUGCUGUCAACAAACUGCUAAAGUGGAUCCGCAAAGAGGAGGACCGCUUGUUCAUCCUGAUCUUUACUCCGCGGUCUGUGUUUGUGUUUCUGCUGAGCACCGAUGACGUGCGUGUGACUGCUGGAGACACCCUCAGCAUUUGGAAGGAAACAACAGCAUUGGUGAGAUCACAUCCCUCUUCUACAUCACAGGCAUAUGCUGCGGUGCUGACCAUGUCCCUCUCCAGGCGGCAGGGCUGGAGGCCUCAUAACUUCUCAGUAGUGUACACAAUGCCCUUCUUCCAGGCCAAGGGCCACAUCCAGAACAUCGUGAACAACUCUCUGUACCAGGAGGUAUAUGUGGCCUCUCAAAAUGUGAUCGAGGCGGUGAACAGGAGCCUGGAGAAGGUGUGGCAGCUUCACACCGGGCCAGUGGGUAGCUCCAAUUGUCAGAUUUGCACUCUGUGUGACAUAGACAAGGAUCCUCACUUUCUGGAGGAUACGAACAAUCAGGUUCUACUUCUAGACACUCUGUUUAUGUAUUUAUAUUCCUGUGGAAGCUCUCAGUAUGGAGUUUGUUACUUCCACCAACUGAACUCAAAUGGAGAAGCCCCUUCUCUUUCAAAGUGUCUUUUUGGGAAAGAGUCCAACUCUGCUGCGUACUGCCCCGACUGUGUGGCCAGUCCUCUGGGCACCAAAGUGACCAUGGUGGAGGAGGGUCAGACAGUGUACUUCUUUGUUGCUGCUUCAGUCAAUGACAGUGUGACCCAGCGUUAUGGGAGGAAGUCCAUCUCGGUGCGCCGACCUCUGGCUACAGAAGAUGGCUUCUACAGUGAUGUCCGCAGCCUGACUGUGCUGCCGGCUCUGCGGAGGACGUACCACAUUGAGUACGUCUACAGCUUCUUCACUCAGGAGUUUGUCUACUUCUUAUCUGUGCAGAGAGAGAGCCCAAAACAGGACUCCUCUCCUUUUCAAACCCGUUUGGGCCGACUUCCUCGAAAUGAGUGGGAGAUGAAGAGAUACAGAGAGAUCAUUCUGGAGUGUCGCUUUGAGCCCAAGCGCCGGCGCAGAAACGUGGCCAGUGAGCCGUACAAAGAUGUGGUGUACAACGUGGUGCAGGCCGCACACUUUGGGCGUGCGGGCCGUGAGCUGGCCGAGGAGCUGGGGGCCGAGGAGCAGGACGACAUACUGUACGGAGUGUUUGCUGUUACUGAUGACAACGGGGAGACUGAGCACGACUCGGCCCUAUGCGCCUUCCCCAUGGACAACGUCAACAAGGCCAUUAGUGACGGCGUGGACGACUGCUGCGAGUCUGGCCCCGAGCAGCUGUCCAGGGGCCUGUGCCACUUCCAGCCCUGUGAGAGCUGUCCACAUGAGAGCAUGGAGAACAAUGCCACAUGCAGAGACUAUCCCACUAUGGUGUCCAAGCCGUACUACAGAGUGGACCUGUUCAACAGGCAGAUGACCGACGUCCUGCUCACGUCACUACUGGUCACCACCAUCGAGAACAAGACUGUGGCCCACAUCGGCACUUCCACUGGCCGGCUGCUGCAGCUCGUUCUGACCCGAUCCAGCCCCAUUAUAUUUGCAAACUAUUCUUUGGUGGAGAACCAGAGAGUGUCUUCCAUCGCUGCUGUGUACUCUGCGGAAUAUCUGUUGUUCGUGGUCGGAGACAAGAUGUUCCAGGUCCCUCAGAGAGGACCAGGCUGUCUGCACUUCCUCACUUGUGCCAUGUGCCUGACCGCUCCUAAGUUCAUGGGAUGUGGUUGGUGCUCUGGGGUCUGCUCAUGGGAAAGUGAGUGCCACAGUCGCUGGAGGAAUGAGUCUUGUCCUCCUGGGAUUUCUGGGUUCUUUCCCCGGACUGCGCCCCCUGAUGGACAGACUGAGGUAACAGUUUGUGGUUGGGAGUUCCAGUCACCUCUGAAACCAGCGAUCAGCUCCAGGACGCACCAUGUACGGCUGGGACACAACCCUUGCAACGUAAUGCCACUCAAAAGCAACAACACGCACCUGGUGUGUAAGAUCCGCUCUGGAGCCACAGAGUUUUCGAGACCCGUCAACAUCACCAUCGAGGUGCAUGAAGGCAAAGUGGAGGGUCGCUAUUCGAUAGAUGGGAAAGCGGAGAUCCCAGGAUUCAUUUUUGUGAUUCCAAACAUCAGUGAAAUCCAGCCUAACUAUGGGCCUCUGGUGGGUGGGACGCUGGUCACCAUCACUGGGCCGCACCUGGAUGCUGGAAAAACAAGAAGGGUCACUCUCAAUGAUGUGCACUGUCCAAUAGAAAGGGUUACAAUACUCAGGGGCAACAUGUCCUCCAUCAUCUGCCUCUCUCAGCCCAUGUCAGAAGUGCGGGACGUCCCACUGAGUGUUUUCAUUGACAAGUCUCCAGUCCUCACCAACAAAGUUUUCUACUACAAAGAAAACCCCAGGAUCACCUCCGUCCUGCCCGACUGCAGCUUCGACAGGGGUUCUAAGAUUGUUAUCGAAGGAGAAAACCUCGAUUCUGUGUACCGUACAACUGUCCGCUUCAAGCCCAAUGAGAGCCACCUCAAACCAGUCACAAGAGAGUGCACCGGAAAAUCCUCUGCAAACCGGCUGGAGUGUGUCACCCCUGUGUUUCCCCGCGAUGAGACCGAAGAAGGAGAGCUGUCUUUUGACAUGGACGGAGCUCUGCAACUGUGGAACCGGGAAUUCUCCUACCACCCUUACGGAGAGCCCAUCCCCUUUGAAACAGACGGACACGUGCUCAGUCUGUACCCGGGGUUUGAUGAGGUCUCACUACAUCAUCAGAAACUGAACCUGGUGAGCUCUUGUAUGACCAUCAUUAUGACCGUAGCAGGGGUGGACUGUGACGCUAAAGUCUUGGACAAUGAGAUCACCUGCAGGAUUCCUAAAAAUAUGACUAUUCCCAGUGAAGGGCUGCCUGUUAAGAUCUCCAUUAAUGGACAGGUGCAUAAUGUGGGCUCAGUGGUGAGGGUCAGUAACCACUACAUGGUGGGCAUUGUCCUGGGGAUCCUGUUUGCCCUGGUCGCUGGAGCGGCUCUUGCCUUUGCUGUCAUGAAACAUCGGAGGAAGAAAAAAAAAGCUCUGAUGGCGGAGCGCCGCUUGUCAAACCGCUCUGGCUCCAACACCAUGGAGCUCACACCUGUGGGAGACUACAGACGAGUGGCGUCCAGGGGCCCUCCCACUCCCCUAGUGGGGUCAGUGGGACGUGUGGUGUUCCCGGGCCUGGCCUAUGGAACAGGCAGCAUAGACCCCUCACUCAGCCCACUCAUGCCUGCAGAGAAAAUAUCCAUCUCCAGCUUCCGCCCAGAAUUACUAGAGGAAGUGAAGGAUGUGCUCAUACCGGCUGAGUUACUUAUUGUGCAUUACCAUAGGAUCAUUGGCAAAGGACACUUUGGAACUGUGUACCACGGCUACUUCACAGACCAGAACAACAGGGAGAGCCACUGUGCUGUGAAGUCUUUGAAUAGGAUAACAGAUGUGGAGGAAGUGGAACAGUUUCUCAAAGAGGGCAUAAUAAUGAAGGCUUUCCACCACACAAACGUGCUGUCUCUGCUGGGCAUCCUCUUACCUCAGGAAGGGCUCCCCCUGGUGGUGCUGCCGUAUAUGAAACACGGAGACCUGCGUCACUUCAUCCGCUGUGACAAGAGGAACCCCACUGUGAAGGAUCUGAUUGGCUUUGGCCUGCAGGUUGCCAAAGGAAUGGAAUAUUUGGCUCAAAAGAAGUUUGUGCACCGAGACCUGGCAGCUCGUAACUGCAUGUUAGAUGAGUCAUACACUGUGAAGGUGGCCGACUUCGGAAUGGCCAGGGACGUGUUCGACAAGGAGUACUACAGCGUCCAGGACCACAGGAAAGCCAAGUUGCCGGUCAAGUGGAUGGCCAUCGAGAGCCUUCAAACGCAGAAAUUUACCUCUAAAUCAGAUGUAUGGUCUUUUGGUAUUCUCAUGUGGGAGAUGCUGACCAGAGGAGCCAGCCCAUACCCAGAAGUCGACCCUUAUGAUGUGACCAACUAUUUGAUGAAAGGCAGGAGGCUUCCACAGCCGCAGUAUUGUCCAGACCCUCUGUACUGCAUAAUGCUGCAGUGUUGGGAUCCAGAGCCAGACCUCAGGCCCAGCUUCAGCACUCUGGUGUCCGCUGUGUCCAACAUCCUGUACAGCCUGGAGGGAGAGCACUACAUCAGCCUGAACAUCACAUACGUGAACCUGGACCAGCCUCGGCCCUACCCUGCCCUCACUGAGUCUGCAGACGAGUGCGGCUCGUCGGACAUGGAGGACUCUGGGUCAUCCUCCUGA